AGAUUCGAGGGUCAGUGGAUAUCCUUGCUGUUCAUCUACAAGGACAAGACUUUCAAAGGCGGAUUCAAGGAACAUGUCAUGGACGAAUCCCAUAAUUUCGAGGUCGCAGAUUUUGACCUAGUUGCUUUUACAGAAAUCUUCAAAUACGGCGCAAUAUUUGUAGGCGGCAGCGACAACAAAACCUUUGACUAUAUGAGUAUAAUACAAAGUGCAAACAACACCAUGACAGGUUAUAUUCCAGUGAGCGACACCACCACUGCAGAUAUGUUGGUCAGCAAUUCUUUAGAGAAUUAUGACGGUUUUGUAGACGACGUAUUGUAUAAGGUUGACAAAAAUAAAACCACGGACAAUUUCAAGGGUUGUUUGGGGGAAAUCAGAAUAGGUGCCUUACUUCUGCCUUAUUUCAAACCAAAGGAAAUAUAUCACAACCAAACUUACCAAGUGGAAAGAUUUGAAUUGGAUUCAGAUGCAAACAUUGAACUUGGUUGCGUCUUGUGUUAUAAUACAGAUUGUUUCAAUAAAGGGUAUUGUGUCAAUAGUACAGAAACUUACAAAUGUAACUGUCAAGCGGGAUAUGCUGCGGAUGAUUGUUCCAUAGAUAUUAACGAAUGUGAAAAUAACCAAUGCAGGAACAACGCUACUUGUCAUGAUUUGAUUGCUGCAUACGAAUGUGAAUGCUUACCUGGAUUUGAUGGUGAGUUUUGUGAAAACGACAUUGACGAGUGUGCUAGCAAUCCAUGUAGACACGGCGGUACUUGCAACGAUUUGAUUGGAACAUUCAAGUGUGAUUGUCCCGAAGGCUUUGUAGGCAAACAGUGUGAAGCACCUUUACUGAUCACAUGCGACAACAAACCUUGCGGAAACGGAGCUACGUGUAAAACUGGCCCGAAUGAACAAACAGGCAACAAUUUUACCUGCACAUGUGCCGAAGGCAUGGUGGGCGUUUUAUGCGAUACCGCGUUCUGCGAGGCAAAAGCAGGCGAAGGCGCAUGCGAGAACGGCGGUUUGUGUAACAAAACAGGCGCGGUGCCGUACUGCGAGUGCGCACGUGGAUUCAAGGGCAAGUACUGCGAGAUCAACAUUGACGAGUGCGUGUCGCCGGCAGGUGGCAGCAUGUGUCAGAAUGGAGGUGUCUGUAUUGACGGCAUCGCUAGAUAUGACUGCAACUGCACAGGAACGGGGUUCGCAGGACUGCUAUGUGAAAUUGACAUUGACGAGUGCUUUAUGAAUCCUAUGACAUGUGGCACAGCUGGAAAAUGUGAAAAUAUACCAGGAUCAUACAGGUGUAUAUGUGACACCAUAAAAGGCAAAUGUGGACACCAGUGCGAUCUGAACGAUCCAUGUCAGGGUCAGAAUCCUUGUGUCCAUGGCGCAUGUCAGUCGCAGUGCACUGACAAACCUGAUUACCUCUGCAUUUGCGAAGAAAACUACACAGGGAAGAAUUGUACAGAUUAUAAGGUCGCCGCAAGUCAAUUGGAAUCCGACAUAAACAUCCUGUACAUCAUCAUCCCGGUAGUACUGAUCCUGAUGGCCUGCUUCAUCGUUGGCAUGGCGUAUUUGGUGAACAUAGCCCGCAGCAAAAGGGCGACUCGCGGCACUUACAGUCCCAGCGCUCAGGAGUUCUGUAAUCCCAGGGUAGAGUUGGACCAUGUACUGAAACCACCUCCUGAGGAGAGGCUUAUAUGA